AUGGCUUCACAGCGCGAUAAACUACGAUCCACAGUUUCUCCUCCUGCAAUCCAAAAAACACAGUCACAACUAUCAUCGAAAUCCCCACUCACAAAAAAACAAAAAAAAAAGUCUCCAGAAGACAAUACUUCCACUGACACUAUGGAAAUGUUUUUGAAAUUCGAAAAAGCUAUUCACGUACAAACUGAAUUGAUUACGUCACAGAUUGCAGACUUUGAAAAAAGAAUCACUGUAAAAAUGGACACUGAUGUGGCUGAACUAAAAUCUUCUAUGGAAGGUCUCAACGCGCGAAUGUCAAUGUUGGAAUCAAAACAAACAGAGAUUGAACCACUAAAGGAAGAAAACCGAAAACUAAAACAACAAAUACAAAAGCUUGGCGAAGAAAUUAAAGCUGUCUCUAUACACAUGGAUGCAUACAAAGAGGAACAAAAACAAAAAGAGACGAUUUGUGAUGCACUUUUACACGGAGUUCCACUUCUGCCAACGGAAAAUCUACUUUUGAUAUUUACUCAACUUUCACCACCGAUUGUAAUCAAAUUUUUCUCGCAACACGACAAGCUACUUGUUUUACGAUCCAUUGCAAACCACCGAAAAAUAACAAACAAACAGCUUCAUCUCGAUGAUCUUGGCUUAGGCAAUGUGAAAGCAACGUUAAAAUCUAAUGUUUACCUCCACGAGAGCUUAACAAUAAAAAAUCGCUCACUACUGCAGCAAGCACUCAAAGCUAAGAGAGAUAAGAAGCUGUUUUCUGUAUUUACUAUUCGUGGACUUGUGUACAUAAAGAAGAGUAAAGAUGAGGAUGCAAAAUUAUUUCAGUCCACUGAUGACUUACCUGAUUCUGCCACGAUGACGCAAACAACAACAAACACUGCAACAGAGGAUGACUAG